GUUAUGUGUUUUUAAAAAAACAGCAUUUGCUGUACAAUUGAAUAAGCCAAGUUUUCAGAAGAUGAUUUCAUACUGUCCAAUCUGUGCAAAACCUGUCUAUUUUGCGGAGAGGAAGCGAUCUUUAGGCAAAGACUAUCACCCUCUUUGUCUAAAAUGCUAUCGUUGCAAGCGCCAGUUAAGUCCAGGCCAACAUGCAGAGUAUGAUGAGAAGCCAUAUUGCAAUCACUGCUACUUACAGCACUUUGGUCCAAGAGGUAAGACAACGUUUAACUAAUACACAAGGACAUACAAAUAUGGAUACAUACAGGCGCAGAGACACACGGAUGUAGAAACACACAUAGAUGCAGAUGUGCACGCAUGCACACAUAACAAGGCCAGCAUGUAUCACCUGGUCUGGCGGUAUCUGUGGAGAGAAAUCAGAGUUACUGUUUCAGGUUGAGUGACCCUUCCUCAGAACUCUGACUUUUCUCCACAGACAUGUUGAUCUUUUCCAGCAAUUUCUGUUUUUGUUUCUGAUUUACAGCAUCCGCAGUUCUUUCAGUUUUUACCCUUCAAAGUUAUUGAGAGCCAUUCAUGUAGUUGCCUGUACUGGUCUGUGGUUCACUUCAGUCCUCCUCUUAACCCUACAACACAGUGAUUUAAUAUAAUUGGCUUUAACAAAGAAACUCUAUAUUUUUCCCAGAAUAGUGGUAGAAAUGCAGCACACUGGUACAAAGUUGAAGGAGGAUAGCACUGUCAGAGCUUCCAUCUUUCAAAUGAGGGAGGAAACAAAGGCUAGCCUGAACUCUCAGGGGUUCACACAUGAUCCCAUGGGACUAUCUGGAAGAAGUUAUCCAGAUGACCUGAACAAGAUGUAUCCAUCAAACAGCACCAUGACAACAGAUAACAAUUCAAAAGUAAUUCAUUGUCUGUGAAACAGUUUGGCAUGUCCUGAGAAUGUGAAAGAUAUCGUACAACAUGUUGGUUUGGUCUUUAUUUUUAUAAAUGCAUUGACAGUUGACGACUGCAUUAACCAUUCACCCACUUCUGUUAAUAUACUUCUGCUUUUUGAAAAAUUGAACAAACUGUGGAACAUUGGCCUUACAUCUCUCUACAAUGUGGGGUAGGAUAUAUAUUUUAUUAUUCUGAUGGGGUAACACUUCAAGAUUACUAUUUAUUGCUUUUAUGUAAUUAUCCUGAGAUUGUAGUGGUAGGCUUUCUUCUUGAUUCUCUGUAAUUGAGCAGUUUCCUAGGGCACCUCAGAAAGUAGCAAAUAUCAGCCCUAUGUUGUGAAGUAAAGUCACGUAUCAUUCAGACCAGGUUCCCUAUUUCUAAAUAGCUGGUGAUUGCAACAGUUCAGUAACUAAGUGUUUUUUGUGGUCUCAAUCUACAAAUAACCAAAUUAUCAAACUUCAUACCUUGCCAUGGUGGAAUCAGUAUUUAUAACCUUUGGGUUAAUAAAAUGACAAAACAUACUUACGUCAUGUAAAAAAAACUGUAUUAAACAUGCUACAAAUAAUGCUCUCACAAAUCCCCAGGGUAAUGUGAUUCUGGAGGCAGUAGUAAAAUUGCCCUUCACCUACUCUACCAGAGUAUUUAGGGGUAGGGUGGUACCUCUCAGGUGGGCAUGUGCACAUACCGCACGGCAUCUGCCAGCCCAUAUGGACCGAAAACCCUAAAAGCCUUUGACAUUUAGGUGAGUUGGGUGGCAACGCCCAUGCCAAUAUAAUUGGGUCUCUCAGGCUGCCUCAAGAGUUAUGAAAGGUCUAGCAACUUGACAGUGCCUUGAAAGAAAUUGGUGUUUUAAUUUUAGAAUGGAAAACCUGUUGUCAGCUACAAGGAUUAAACAGAAACCAAGAUCCAUAAUAGAUUUAAUUCUAUCUGUGAAAAAGCAAAAUGUUGAAGUCAAUAAUUUUAAGUGAAAUUAAAUGGUGGCACCAU